AUGUCAGCUCCUAGAACAAAGCCUUGGGAAGUAUCUUCUGGUACUUCAUCAGCUACAGCAACUGGAGACAAUAUGAAUAGCAUAGGCGGGAGUACAACAAACCCGACAAUUGACAGUUCAUCUACACAAGCCCAAGUACCUGAUCGGCCUACUUCGUUAACAUCAGAUUUAUCAUCUAUGUCUAAUACAUCCCCAUAUGGUAGUACAGGAUAUGGAUCUACUACAGGAUCGAGAUAUGGUGGGGGAUACGGAUCUUCGAUGUACGGAGGGGGAUUAGGGUCCUCAAUGUAUGGUGAAGGAUAUGGAUCGUCAAUGUAUGGUGGAGGUUUAGGAUCUUCUAUGUAUGGAGGUGGAUAUGGAUCAGGAAUGUAUGGUAUGGGAGGUAUGGGAGGAAUGGGAGGAAUGGGAGGAUACGGCAUGGGAGGUAUGGGAGGAUAUGGUGGAAUGUAUGGCCAACAGCGCCCAGGAAUGGGAGGAGGAUUAGCUGAAGGUACACAGGCGACAUUUCAGCUUAUUGAAUCGAUUAUUGGAGCCGUAGGGGGGUUUGCACAAAUGUUGGAAGCUACAUAUAUGGCCACCCAUUCAUCCUUUUUCACCAUGAUUUCGGUUGCAGAACAAUUUGGCAAUCUAAAAAAUGCAUUAGGUUCCUUGCUAGGUAUAUUCACAGUAAUAAAAUUUGCUAAGAAGAUAUUCUACAAGAUCACCGGUAAGACAUAUGAUUAUGGAAUCAGCGUCAAGGAAUUUUCCAAAUUUGAAAAGGGCCAGAAGAAAUUAGAAGAAAACAUUAGAAAGCAACAAAGUGGUAAACCACCAAGAAUUUCAUUUAAGCCUUUAUUAUUAUUUUUAGCUGCAUCUAUUGGCUUUCCGUACUUAUUAAGUAAGGCUAUUCAAAAGAUCGCCGAACAACAACAACGUAAGCAGCAAAUGCUAGGAGCAGGCGCACCAGGAGCAGUGAACCCAUCAAACUUACAAUUUGCUAAAGCAUUAUAUGAAUUUAACCCAGAAAAUCCAAACAUAGAAAUUGAAUUGAAGCCAAAUGAAUUAGUGGCGAUCUUAUCCAAAUUAGAUCCAAUGGGCAAUGAAAGCAAGUGGUGGAAGGUGAGGUCUAGACAGGGUAAAGUUGGAUACGUUCCACUGAACUAUUUAGGUGUAAUCGAAAGAAAAGUACAGCAAAUUGAACCAUCAACCCAAAUGCCUAAUCAAAAUCCAAGCUUAACGCAAGUGCCCGUCCCCGAAAAACCCGCUGGCAACCUACACCACGACAAUCCAGAAAAAUUGUCAGUUGAUGACUUCAAAAGCUUCCAGCCUUGA